GCACUGAACAUCAAACUGAAAAUGAAGCAUCUGUCACUCCUUCUGGUUGUCCUGGUGGCGUUGUCGGCUGUGCUGCCGAACGCCGACGCCGCUCCGUUUAAGAAGUUCAAGAAAUUCGGGAAAUUCGGAGGCGGCGGCGGCUUCGGCGGCGGCUUCGUCCGACCCGUGGUGAUCCCCACCCCGGUGUUCGUCCAACCUACCUACGGCUCUGGCUACGGCCUCGGCGGAGGAUUUGGUCACGGAGGUUUCGGAGGCGGUCACGGCGGCUUCGGAGGAGGAUUUGGAGGUGGUCACGGCGGCUUUGGAGGCGGUCACGGCGGCUUUGGAGGCGGUCACGGCGGCUUUGGAGGCGGCUACGGCUGGUGAGGCCAGAAAAGACAGAGCUUCUGCCGGAGGAAUUGCCGCGGUCUCGGCGGAGAUUUCCUCUGACUUCAUUGUGUUCGAAUCACUCGUUAACUUCAUAUGUCACUGGUCUCAUAGUGCCAUACCUUCCUAAUAGAAAACUCAUCUGUUUUUAAAUAAAAUUGUAAUAAUAUGCCUUUCUUAAAUGCAUCCUCAGAAGGACGGAAAGUAGUAAAUAGAGGUUAGGCUGGCACCGCACUACUAUAUAAAACUUUACUUCUUUUUUCUGUGCCGUAUCAGAGCCUGACGUCUGUGUUUUAUUAGCAAUAGCCUACACCGGCAUGUUAAGAAUUUCCAAAACGUCCGAGUCAUAUGACAUAGCACUGACUUCGCUGGGAUGUCUUCAAAGUCAUUAUGUACGUCUAUGAUACAACUUUACAAGCUCAAAAAUGUCCUGAUUUAUUGGUAUACUUCAAUCAAUAAAUCAGGAAAAUGUCCGUUCAUCGAAAUGAAACAGGACACCAAACUCACUCGCGGUGGAUACGCAAAGAUCCAAAACUGCAGCUUCAUGUAAUAAGAAUAAAAUAUUAUGAUUGAA